CACAAAUUACGCGGACAGAAGAAGAGGCAGAACCCAGAACUACUGUCACGACCGUCCUCAUGACGACGAAAGAAAAAGUCUGAGUGAAAAAGAAAAUGAGCGGAAAAACUGCUUGUAAUUAAAGUCACAAGUUGUCAUGUGUACUCUGUGUAAUAGGAAGGAAGUGUUCUCGUGUACAGUGCUCCACUGUUGCUUUCUAUUUGCAUCUCCUCAGUGCUCCUCUGGUUGCGAAUAAACUGUAACUAAACAGUUGGUAAACUUUGUAAAAAUGGAGACAUUCGGGUCCUCCAGGGUUUAAGAGUUGUAGGUGGAAUUCAUCGACAGAGGACGUUAAAAGCACUAAUACUUGUAAUGUAUUAGGAGGAAAAAAGAAGACAGAAUGGCAGACAGAAGGACUUACAACGUUGUGGUUUUGGGUGUAGGAUUUCUGUUCAUUUUCACCGCCUUCACCACCUGUGGGAACAUUGAACAAACUGUGGUGAAAAGUCUGAACAAUUCAACUUUCAGCGGAAGUGGUUACCACAGUCUAGGGAUCAUCUAUGGAGUUUUUUCGUUCUCCAAUCUGGUUGCACCAACUGUUGUUACAGUUAUUGGAGCGAAACUGACCAUGUUUUUGAGUGGCCUACUUUACAGUGGUUACAUUGCAGUGUUCAUCAUGCCCUCUACUUGGUCAUUUUACCUGACCUCUGUUCUCAUCGGUAUAGGAGCAGCAUUGCUCUGGACUGCGCAGGGGCACUUCCUGGUGGAAAACUCCGAAGCUUCCACCAUCAACAGGAACACCGGGCUUUUCUGGGGUCUACUACAAUGCAGCAUGCUGUUUGGGAAUCUUUACAUUUACCUCGACUGGAACGGAAAAUCAGAAAUAUCAGACAGCAGCAGGAGGAAUAUUUUUCUGUUCCUGCUGGUCUCCUCCGUCCUUGGCACGCUCAGCUUCCUGGUCUUGAGGACGAGUCAUCGUGAAGAGGAGCUGCUGUCUGAAGAGGAAGGGCAGUCGCUGCUCUCAACGCGCACAAUGUACAAGAACAGAGCCAACACCGCUCUACAGGAUACCAAAACAGAGUUCCAAACCAUCCUGCAUCUAUUGAAGACAAAAACAAUAAUGCUCCUGAGUCCCUGCAUGGUCUACAGCGGGCUUGAGCUGUCUUUCUACAGUGGAGUGUACGGAACGUGCAUCGGCGCAACUGCCCACUUUGGAGAAGCAGCCAAGGGCUUCAUUGGGAUCUCUGGGAUAGUGGUGGGCAUCGGAGAAAUAGUAGGUGGGUCAACGCGCUGCUCACAGAGAUUUAAAAACCCACGAGAGGUUCUUGAAGUAUUCUUUGUCCCAUCAGGUGGGGGGUUGUUUGGACUCCUGUGCAAAAACAGUCGCUUCAGACGAACCUCGGUGGUGUUUCUGGGGAUGGUCGUCCAUUUCGUCGCUUCCUACCUGAUUUUCCUCAACAUCCCAGAUGACGCGCCUGUCGUCGUUGAAACCACCACAAAAAAGAAUCCAUUUCUAAGCCCAUCUGCAUCCAUUGCCCUGCUGUGCUCCUUCCUGCUUGGACUUGGAGAUAGUUGCUUCAACACGCAGCUCUACAGCAUAUUGGGUUAUGUUUACGCCGAACAAAGCACGCCUGCCUUCGCCAUCUUUAAAUUCAUCCAGUCUGUGAGUGCAGCAGUGGCGUUCUUCUACAGUGGCUACCUUCUGCUAACGUGGCAGCUCCUGCUUCUGGUCAUCCUCGGCUUUACUGGAACUCUCUGCUUCUUCGUAGUUGAGAGGAUACAGGAGUACUCCAUGGAUUCACAGGAAUUUUGAAAAGCAGGAUUCUGUGGUCAGAAUCAUUUGUGUCCUGGAAAACAAAUGUAGUCCUGAAACUCAGUCUUGCAUUUUUAAUUUUAAAAAAAAUAAUGUAUCAUUGUAAUAAAGUAACCAAUGAAGUACCACAGCAUAUCAACUGCCGCAAUAUGUUAGAAUGUUAUCAGUUGUCUCUUUGGACUUUGUUUCACUACAUAGUUGCACCUAGUCCAGUGUUAUGGUUAAACGUUUAUAUCCUCUUGUUUUAUAUUUCUAGCUCAGGUUUGUCUUAAUGAAAAUUCUAAUAUUUUAUGUAUCUACACCUUUUUUAUAUAAAUGAUACAAAAUAAUGCCUGACAAUCACUUUUAUGUCAUGUUUGUUCAUUUUGCUUUAUAGUGUAAAUGUUUCUUCCUUUUGGUAAAUCUUUGAAUAAUAAAAGUUUAACUCAC